UUGAGCUUCCUGGGUCAGUAGCAUCUGCUGCUGCCUCCAUUGUGAGCCGGGAGCCCGGGCUGUGCCGCUGCUGCUCCCCAGCGCGGUGUGGGGAGAGACCUGCAUUAACCCCCCUCUCUGCCCAGCCGGGGGGACUUUCUGCCCCUGGCAGCCCCGGGCUCUGCCGACACCAGCCCCAGAGCCGGAGCCUGCAGAUCUCUCUGAUGGAGCCAGGGGAGGAGCCGGGCCCCUUGGAUGCAGAGGAAGGGGAGAUCAUGAGAGGCGCCUGCACAGAGGAUGGGAUGGUGAAGAUAAAGGAGGAGAAUUGUCUGGAGGAAGCAGCAUCACAUGGGAGUUUAUUGGGAAUGUUGGCAGGGAAAGUUUCCUCAAGUCCUGAUCAGGUGACGGCAUGUGACUCUCAAUGCAUAUCAGACAGUCAGGGAAAAAAUCCUGGAGAGACAUCACAGAGUAAAGCCACUUCCACUGGCAGAGCUCUCAGGAAAACUAAAAAUAACAAAGCCCAUCACAGAAUUAACACUGCAGAGAAACCCUAUAACUGCCCUGAGUGUGACCAAAGCUUCAAUGUGAGCUCAGACCUUGCUGUGCAUCAGACAAUCCACACUGAUGAGAGACCCUAUAAAUGCAUGGAGUGUGGGGAAAUCUUCAAUCAGAAAUCAAUCCUUGUUACUCACCAGAGAAUCCACACUGGAGACAAGCCCUAUAAGUGCCCCGACUGCGGGAAAAGCUUCCGUCAGAACUCAACACUUAGGACACAUGAAAAAAUCCACAGGGCAGAGAAACCCUAUGAGUGCCUACAAUGUGGGAAAAGCUUCCGAGUGCGCUCCUACCUUCUUAUGCACGAGAGGACCCACACUGUAGAUAAACCCUUCAAAUGCUCUGACUGUGGGAAAAGCUUCUGUGCAAGCUCUGACCUUAUGAAACAUCAGAGAACCCACACAGGAGAGAGACCCUAUAAAUGCCCCGACUGUGGGAAAAGCUUCAGUGAUUGCUCAGCCUUUAUAAAACACAAGAAAAUCCAUGUGGCAGAGAAGCCCUAUAACUGUACUGACUGUGGGAAAAGCUUCCGUGUGAUUUCAGCCCUUACUGUACAUCAGGCAAUCCACUCGGGAGAGAGACCCUACAAAUGCCCUGACUGUGGGAAAAGCUUCAUCCUGCGCUCAUGCCUUGUUCGACAUCAGAGAAUCCACACUGGUGCUAAACCUUAUAAAUGCCCCGACUGUGGGAAAAGCUUCCGUCUGAGCUCAACCCUUUGUACUCAUCGGAAAAUCCAUACAGCAGAGAAACCCUAUGAGUGCCUCAAAUGUGGGAAAAGAUUCCGAGUGAGCUCCUACCUUCUUACGCAUGAGAGGAUACACACUGUAGAUAAACCUUAUAAAUGCCCCGAGUGUGGGAAAAGCUUCAAUGCAAGGUCCUACCUUAUCAAACAUCAAAGAAUCCACACGGGAGAGAGACCCUUUAAAUGCCUUGAGUGCGGGAAAAGCUUCAAUCGCAGAUCAACUCUUAUCACGCAUCAGAGAAUCCACACUGGAGAGAAGCCCUAUAAAUGUCCCGACUGUGGGAAAAGCUUCAGUGUGAACUCAGACCUCAUUGUACAUCAGAGACUCCACUCGGGAGAAAGACCCUAUAAAUGCCUUGACUGUGGGAAAACUUUCCGUCUGAGCUCACACCUUACUAGACAUCAGAGAAGCCACACUGGUGAGCGACCAUAUAAAUGCCUGGUCUGUGGGGAAAACUUCAGUGACUGCUCAGGACUUAUUAAACAUAAAAGAAACCAUACAGGAGAAGAACCUUAUAAAUGCCCUGAGUGUGGGAAAUCCUUUAGUGUGAAUUCAGCCCUUAUUGUACAUCAAAGAACCCACACAGGAGAGAGACCCUAUAAAUGCCUUGUCUGUGGGAAAAGUUUCAGUGACCGCUCAGGCCUCAUUAAACACAGGAGAAUCCACACAGAAGAGAAACCUUAUAAAUGCCCAGAAUGUGGGAAAAGCUUCAGUGACAGUUCAAGCCUUAUUAAACAUAAGAUAAUCCACACAGGAGAGAAAAUCUAUAAAUGCCCUGAAUGUGGGAAAAGCUUUAGUCACAGCUCAGCCCUUUUGAAACACCAAAGAAUCCAUACAGGAGAGAGACCCUUUAAAUGCCUCGAAUGUGAGAAAAGGUUCACUGACAGCUCAGCCCUUAGGAGACACCGGCAAAUCCACUCAGAAGACAGGCCCUAUAAAUGCCCCGACUGUGGGGAACGAUUCAGUGUGACCUCAGGCCUUGUUAGACACCAGAAAAUCCACAUUGAGGAGAGACCUUUUAAAUGUAGUGAGUGCGGGAAAAGCUUCCAGUCAAACUCACUUCUUAAAACACAUCAGAGGAUCCAUACGGGAGAAAAACCCUAUAAAUGCCCUGAGUGUGGGAAAAGCUUCCGUCAGAGCUCCCACCUUAUAAGACAUCAGAAAAUACACAUGGAAUAGGUAUUCACAAUGUUU